AUGACCCCCACAAUUGCAGCUUCUACUUCAACAACUGUUGCUCCCACGACCACAACUGCAGCAGCUCCUACAACAUCAACUGUAGAUGCUUCCAUAAACACAACAGCAGCACCUACUACGUCAAUCACAACUGCAGGUCCUACUACCAUUUUAACUCCAACGACAAGCACAACUGAGGCUCCUUCAGACGUCACUACUGUUGCUCCUUUGAACCCCACAAUUGCAGCUUCUUCUUCAACAACUGUCGCUCCCACGAUCACUACAACUGCAGCAGCUCCUACAACAACAACUGUAGCUGCUUCUACAUUUACUACUGCAUCCCCUACUGCAACCACAACAGAAGCUCCUUCUACAACAAAUGUAGCACCAAUGACUUUAGGAACAACAGUCCCAGCGACGACAGCAGCUAAUUCCUCAACUUUAGCUCCUUCAAUGCCAAUCCCAACUGCAGCUCCUACAACAACAACUCUUGCUCCUACGACCUCUACAACUUCAGCACCAACUACUUUAUUCACAACUGCAGUUCCUACUACCAUUUUACCUCCUUCGACAACCACAACAACAUCCACUACAACAACUACAUCACAACCGUGCAGCACCUACUACAUCAAUCACAACUGCAGUUUCUACUAUCAUUUUACCUCAAUCGACAACCACAACAACAUCCACUACAACAACUGGAGCUCCUACAAUGUCAAUCUCAACUGCAGGUCCUACUACCAAUUUAACUCCAACGACAACCAAAGCUCCUACAGACAUCAUAACUGUAGCUCCAAUGCCCACCACAAUUGCAGCUUCAACUACAACUGUUGA